GCCAUAUGGAACGAGCAGAUCCCAUUUCUAUUGAUAAUAUUGAGGCAGCGGGAGCUGACUGAUUGCUGAAUAGAUGCGGGAUUUGCCGGACAGGUCUGGACUGAGAAUUAAAAUAGGCCCUGGCAUUUCAGGUACACAGAGGCCCAAUCAGCUCCCACCAGCCCACUAAAUACUGACUUUCUAUGGGAUCUUAUAGCAGCCCAGAACCCACAGAUUGCCAGUCCGGGCCUGACUGGGAACCUCCAAUACAGCACUGGGUUAAUUGCUCUGUUGUGAGUUCUGCUGAGGGAGCCGGACCCGAUACUGAACAAUAUCCGCAUUGCGUUCCAGCAUGACACGCACAUCCCUUGUAUUUUUCAAAAGUGGCGCUGCCUGCCUGCCCAAUGAUUGGCGGGUACGUUGGUGGGCGGUGCCGAGAAAAGAACGCCGCUCUUGGUUAUCAUUGGUUGAGAGGAUAGCGUCGCCGCUGAGUGAUGACGUAUAGAGCUGGCAGGGAGGAAGUACGGCUGCUACUUAUUCGGAAGGUAAUAAUGAGGAAAGUGUAUGCGGAUGAAAGGACUCCAUGCCCCAAGCGUCCAGUCUCUAUCAUUCAGCGCUGGGCAGUGAUAUAACAAACCUGCAAUGCCGGAAGUCUGACACACAAGAGAAGUCUCUGCAGCCCUAUGAAUGGCAACAGAAGGUUCCUCCGGGCUUCCGUACUCUCUAUUCUGGGCUCUUCCUGUACAUACCCAGCAUGCCAGCACUGCUUCACCAGGCUGAUCCGAGCAGCAAACCGGUUCCAAUGCCCCCGAUGUGGCAGCGGCAGCAAAGAGGCGAAGCAGAGGUACAAGCUGUGCCUGAAGGUGGCAGAAUGGAGCCAACUUUACAUUGUUACAGUGUUUGGAAGUUGCCUGGAUAAGAUUUUUGGAACCAGCGCCAGCUCUUUACAGAGGCACCUUCAGGGUUCAAUAGAGACUAGGAGUAACCUGGCAAGCGACGGAGCCCAGGAGUUAUUAAAUCAGGCGGUGGAACAGUUCUUUGUUGGCAGGAACUUCCUAUUUGGCGUGAAGAUUCCUGAAGGAAGAGCGGAAGUGACAUCCCCCGGCCGCGUUUCUCUAUAUAAUUCCCGCAGACACAUUAUAGCGGCUCAGAUUUUUCCUCCAGACGAUGGCGCUUUCGGCUUCACCGUUCUUGACUGUUACAGUCGCCUGCUGAGCUCAGCGUUAAAUGGCCUCCAACCGGAAUCCGGAACCUUUUCUCCGGAUCAUUUAAAGAAAGACUUGAGCAACUCCGGAAGCAUCUUCAGCCCGAGCGUAAAUAACGCGGAUCUAUGGCAGCAGUCGUUUGCUUUGACAUCUUUAAAUGCGUCACAGGGAUCUUUAUCCAGGGAAUCCAUUGACAAGGACGGCCAUUUUAACUGCCCCAGCCAAGAUUUCCUCUGCACAAAUAAACAUUUAGACAACACUAACGCCGUCUCUGUGACUGCCCCGUCCAUCGUCUCUCGCGCUGCUGCAUUUACCAACAAAUCCCCACGGCCGUCCUUCGAUAAUUCUUCUGUAGUCUCCGAAAAUGGACGCAAGGUGUCGGGUUUUGUGGACUGCGUUUUAACAUCAGAUCCCGGUGACAAGGAAUUGCACAAGUCCUGGCACUCUGCAUGCGGCCUCAGCCCAAUCAGUCCUCCCUGCGCUGCUGCUGCAGCUGCUGCGGCUUCCAAAAACACAAAGGCAGCUGGAAUCCAUCAGGAAGGGCCGGGAAUUUGGGACGAUUCCAUUUACUCUGAAAGUUUUAGUGAAUUUUCUAGCUAAAGUGGAGAGCAAUGCGGAGAUGCCAACUCAUUCGUGUAAAAAUAAUUCCAAAUUAGGAACAAGACGCUCCGAUAGGAGAAUUCCCAGAAUGCAACGCUGGGUCGAAAUUACAACACACAGCAGCAGGGAACAUUAUAGCAUUGCUUCUGUAAAUAACACAGAUCCACCCUCUUAUAUAUCACAACUUGCUCAAUGUCCUUCUUCCCCCACUUUCCCUUUUAUUAAUCAGUCCCCGGUCGCUUUAUCUGCACAAACCACUACAUCUGACAGUUUGUCCCAAACACCAGCUAAAAAUCAGAUCCCCCAAAACCCCUUAAAUCCAGGGAAUGUGCAGCGUUCCAAACAUGCGCCCUUCUGGGCCAAGAAAAAAGGCAACCGAAAAAUAAGUUUGUCACAAAUUUGCUCACCAAGUGCAAGUCAUACCCCUUCCCUUCUUAAAGGAACAUGCAGAGAUCCCAAUGGACAAACCGACGGGCAGAUAUUUGCAGAAACGGAAGAGCCGAGUGUCAUUAGCAAGAGGUUGAGCGACUGCAAGGAAAGUUAUAAUGUUUCCUCUGACCUGUUUGAGAUCAGUAAAAGCCCCCAGGACACUGUACAAGACGCGGCUCUGUUUGUAUCAGUUAAAGAGACAUACCCACAGGAAUGUAGUCUUAAUAGUCCCAAGACUGGAUCUGGAUCUGGACCUGCACAUGUUCAGAAAUCCCAGUCCUGUAGGACUUAUUGGUGGUCAGAGAUUACAGAAGAAAGUGUUUUGGAAAGUCCUGGUUCUGUUCCAUUCGCACAGUCUACACCAGUAAUAAAACAACUUCCGGGGCCAUCAGGUCUUGGCAUCAACAGGCCUCCGCUCAAGCCUUUAAAUGGCAGAUCCACCUCCAGAAGAAGAGCUUUGCUCAAAAAGGCCUCCCACAUGUCCCUGCACCUCAAACCGUCGACUUAUUUGCACAUUUCCAAAAGCCCCGACCUGUGGGGUCUUCAUAACUGUUCAAAAACCUACACACCCCUUCCUUCCAUAACACGCCUUUCUGUAUCUCCUCUUGUGAGUUCAGCCGUGAGUGUCCCACAGUGGUGGGGGAAUCGCUGGUCGGCCGAAGCUGCUGCUGCAGAGAAAGAUCAUACGGAGUGUGAAGGUAAUGUAAAGAGAUGCAAAGAUGGAGACCCGGAGAGUCAGGGCGGUGAGUCUGGGAGGAAGGAAUCAAAGAUGGCGUUGUGUUUGAUGACCUUUAAUGGGACCACAGAGUCUCCCAGUAAUUCUACAGUGGAGCAUUUUCAUAGGGUUCAAGCCCCGAUGUCUCCAGGCGACUGGUCUCCUGAGCUUUUUAUUGAACAUGCCCCUACCCCUAAACAUUCAGACUCUCUACAGAGGCGUCUCUUUUAAAUCCUUCUCUUACAGGAGUGAGAGGCCACGAGCAAGUUCAUGUGGAUCCCACCCUCCAACAUCUGAUCUCUGCAUCGGGGCAACAUAAAGUGCGGUCUUGUUUUCUCUAUAUAUAACACCGUACAGCGGGAAUGGUUAUAGCCAAAGAGAUUGAAUAGUGAUGGGCCAAUUUGUUAUGCUUUGCAGAAAAAUACGCAUAAUUAAUUCGCGCCUGACGAAUAAAUACGCCCAUCACUAACAUUGAAUUUAUAACAACAUGAAAUAUUAAUAAUGUGACAGUGUCCUAUAACUAAUAUAUGAUCAAGUUUAAUAAUAUUAGAAGUCGCAGUGCAGUUCCCAGCAGGCCCGGGUUUGUACGAAGGACUGGACCUUUCUAUACAGACGGAUAUGAUACAAGAACCCCUUUUUAUGAUUUGCAGCACCCACGUUCCCCCAAUACUUUUAUGUAAAUACGAUUGGGGGGGAGGCCUUUGCAUGGUAUAAAUGGAUUUAUUAACCAUGCCACAAUUUACUGUAACUUUAUGAAAUUGACCCCCCCAUGAAUAAAUAAAUAUAAAAGC